AUGGCCAACAUGUCCAGCCUCUGCAGUCACCCAGUGCCAUAUCCUUCCAACUCAUCAGCUCAUGAACCAUUCACCCUUACGCCUGACUUUGGCAUUAUGGACUUUGGUAUCACUUACAACUCUGCGUCUCACCAGGCGGAGUUGAACGCUCCCUUAUCAUCAAUAGGCGGGCCCAUAUUUCGCCCUUUCAAAAAUGAGUCGGAGCAAAUCUCAUUCUUCCCUGACGAUUCUAUGAAGCAAGGGCAACUUGAUUUCCAGUACGAGCAAAUGGCUGCGAUGGGCAUGACGCAUCAAGGAUCAAUGGGCUUAUUGGCCCCAUCCAACGCUUUCGACAUGGAUUAUCAUUCCCUUGAUGUCUCAGUCAGUGCUGCCUCUUUCAUAACGACACCAAACACAGGCGUCUCCGACCCCGGAGAGACAAGUUCCUCAUGGUCUUGUGCCAGCGCCAGUCCGAUCUCGCCUUUAUCCCCUAGAGAUCUCUGGCAGGGCGUAGACUCUCUGGAACAGGACUUGUACUCUCAACCGUCGCUUUGUGCCCAUCAUCACAAUGCCGACAAUUUCCAACUCAUGCCAGCUCAAAGGAGUUCGAUGGAGCAUGAUAUUCAGCAAAAGGGUACAAAGCUUCAGCAAGCUCACAUCCGAUCACUAAAGAAACGAGCUGCAAAGUCUAAGCCACUUCAAGUUGAUGCUGACCAAAGAGGGAAAAGCAUAUGUGACUAUCCUGAUUGUCAUAAGACUUUUCAACGAAGUGAGCACCUCAAGCGUCACAAAAAUAGCUUUCAUGGCGAAGCACCCAAUCGUUUCAUGUGCGAGUUCUGUGGAAAAGACCGAUUUAAUCGCAAAGAUAAUCUCGAUAGCCAUCGCAAGUUGCAUACGCGACGCAAUAGCCGUGUGCGUGGCGUUAUUUUCAUCCCGGAUGCGGUCCCUAUCCUUGCUGAAGAGAAACGAAGCAGGAGACGGCACGCCCCUUCGAAUCUGAAUACUGAAGGAAAACAUAAAAUCCAGCCAGACCAGUUGCACUCGGGGUAG